GCAUAACAAAAUGAAAAUGACGCCAUGUCAUCACAAUAUGACUACGACAGAUGAUUGUGUCAAGUACGAUCCUUUUCUGGACUAUAUUAGAAAUUUCUAAAAUGUCAUUCUUUCAGAAACUGCUUAAAAGAAAACCAAAACGUGAUGUUAAUCAAUAUUCACCAAGUGUAACUGACUGUUUGAAUAGAGAAGAAAAUGGCGUCUUUACAAGCAGCUCGGAGAAAAAAUCAAAUUUUUAUUCAAGACGGAAGUUGAUGGAAACUCAAAUGGCUGAGAGAAUGAUAAGGAGAAGGGAAAAUAAUGCGAAGGAAUCAACGGACUCAGAUGAUGAUAGUGAUGAAACAUCUGAAGACUUUGAUGAUCGGAUGGCUGAAAACCGGAAACGGAAGUUAAAAUCACAAAUUUAUAAGUUAAGGAGACAGAGAGAGAAGUUGAGGAGGCGGCAGACGGAUGCACUAGCCAUGGAACAAGAGAUCCGGGAGGUAAUGUCUCUCAUCAGGAUAACCAAACAACAAACAGAAGCACUGAAGGAAGACGUUCUUAACAAAAAAUGUGAAAUGAAGUUUCUAGCAACAGAGGUGCCCGAGGGAUACGAGAUGGAGGCAAGGAAAAAGGAACCGGUGUUCUAUAAGAAAUACAACAACGUGAAAUCAGCUUCAGAAGCCAAUAACCUGCUGACAAACUUACGGCAAAAAAUAAAGGCUUUACAAUAUAUUGAAUUACUGACGUACAACAAAUAUUUGGAACAUAAACAUGAUGUCAAAUCGUGCUCAGUUAAGCAUCGAUCUGGUGCUUUGUCUAAGAAUAAGAAGCGUCAUUUCGGCCCUUUAAAGGACGCUAUUCAAUUCGGUAGCGCAGGAAAAGGUUGCAAUUCGGAAGCCAAUUCUGCCGACCAAGAAGCAGACGACAUUCCAUUGCACGCGUUUGCCACAGUGACCAUUGAGUCACCGACGCCGCCACAGCAAUCAACACCAUCUACCCCGCCAAUGCAAGCACCAGCUCCACUACUUCCGGCACAGCUGUUUCGCGGUCCUUUAUCACUGGUGUCAUCCGCUAACAUGGCAACAGAAACAUUUAUAUAAAAUAAAACUUUGAAAAGUA